AAAGAAUCCAAUCGCUUUCGGACUCCAUUAGCGCCAAAUUCCACUGCCUUUAAUUUCCCAGUAAAAAACCUAAACCUAUCUUAAUCCACCGGCUGUCAAUCACUCCCAAUUCUUUUCCCAAAUCUCGUCCGUCAAUAAAAAUUUCAAUUCAUCCGUCCGAUUCAAUCCAAAACAAAAUUAGCCGUCCAUUUUUCUGAAAUUUCAAUUUCAAAGAACUGUGUGAGAGGGAGUGAAGCAAAGGCUGAAGGAAGAAAAAAAAGGUCCAACUUUUCCGUACAAGCCAUUACUUAUGGCGGCUCAACUCUCCAAAAGUUUUUCUUUUUUGUCUUUAGAUUUUUAUUUAACGGAAUUUUGAACGGUAAAAGGAAGAGAGAGUUUCAUAGUUUGUGGUUUUUCUUUUAAAUUUCGAUUUAAUUGUGUGAUUUUUUUUUAUUUAUUUAAGUUGAUUCAUUUCUAUGAAGAUUGAAUAAUGGAGCAAGGAGAAACGGUCUCGGAUUUGGCACCGAAGAAAUUGGCGAGGCAAUUAGAUUUCACAGCGGUGUGUCGCGCGUCGGCAAAUGCAACGUUACCGGAUCACCCGAUGCAUUUACAGUCACAGUCACAGUCGCAGUCUCAACCGCAAUGGCAAUCGCAAGCGCCGUUGCAGACGAAGCAUCAGCAGCAACCUCAACCACAGGAACUGCAACCGCAGUUAUAUUUCCCGCCACAAACGGUGCAGUCGCCACCUCAGCCACUAAUAAAACCUCAGUCGCCGCCAAUGCCACAAGUUCAAACCCGGCCUCCGGCACCGCCACCGCCGCAGCAAGUUGCCAUGGUGCAUCGGGUGCCUUAUCCAGUUCAGAAGCUUCCGCUGCCAACAUUUCAAUUGAGCAAGCAAGAGUCACCAAGCUCUAGAUCACGUUUGGAUGCCGAAGCAAAAGAUGGGACUCCAAAGAAACAAAAGCAGUGUAAUUGCAAGAAUUCUCGGUGCUUGAAGUUGUACUGUGAGUGCUUUGCUGCUGGAGUUUUUUGUAAUGGUUGUAAUUGCAUAAAUUGCCAUAACAAUGUGGAGAAUGAAGCGGCAAGGCAAGAGGCAGUUGGAGCAACCUUAGAACGCAAUCCAAAUGCAUUCAGACCAAAGAUUGCCAGCAGUCCCCACAGGCCUCAGGAUACCAGGGAUAAUGCACAUGAUGUCCAUAUGGUUGCAAAACACAACAAAGGAUGUCACUGCAAGAAAUCUGGUUGUCUCAAGAAGUAUUGUGAGUGCUUCCAAGCUAAUAUUCUAUGCUCUGAAAAUUGCAAGUGCAUGGACUGCAAGAACUUUGAAGGAAGUGAAGAAAGAAGAUCUCUCGUUUAUGGAGAUCAUAACUCCAUAGCUUACAUGCAACAGGCUGCAAAUGCAGCCAUUAAUGGUGCCAUUGGAUCCUCUGGCUAUGCUACUCCUUUGGCAUCCAAGAAGAGAAAAAGUGAAGAACUCUUAUUUGAUCUAGCAGUCAAAGAUCAAUAUAUUGAAAAGAUUGUUCAACAUCAACAAGAAAAUCAUCUAAGAAAUCCUGUGGCCACAUCUUCUCCUUUAUCUGCUUCUGUUUCUUGUACUGCUAAUACAGCCUCAUUGAGAUCUUCAAAAUUCACGUACAGAUCUCUGUUGGCGGACAUCCUCCAACCACAGGAUGUUGCGGAGUUGUGCUCAGUUUUGGUGUUAGUUUCAUCAGAAGCUGGAAGGGCACUUGCUGCAGGUAGCAAAAUGGAUCGACAAACCGAGAGAGGCUCUAUUGAAACUAUUGUUUCAUCUGGUCAGCCUUGUGAAAUGAGUCAGAAAGGUAAUGGCAUACAGAACGAUGCCACUGAUGACCAUACCAGUGAAAACCAGGCGGAUGCAGAUAGAAAUGGGAAUGCUGGAGCGGAUGGGGAUAAUGUGCAAAAUGCAAGGCCAUUGUCUCCUGGAACACGGGCAUUGAUGUGUGAUGAAGAAGAUGCAAUGCUUAUGGCAGCUGGGUCACCUAAUGCAUUGGCAGACCAUUCUCGAAACAUGACUCAAAAAUCAUCAAAUAUGCACGGGUGCACAGAGGUCUAUGCAGAACAGGAAAGGCUUGUUUUGACAAGGUUCCGUGAGUUUCUCAAUCAGCUUAUUACUUGUGGGAGCAUAAAAGAAACAAUGUGGUCUCCAUUGGCCUUAAGUGAAAAAAGAAGUCAACAAGAUCCUGUAGAAAAUGGUGCUGUAAAAUCUGGAAAUCGAGCGGGUGGGCAGAAAGAGCCUUUUCAUAAUGGAAUUGUAAAAUCUCCAACCCCGGCAACUGUAGAAAUAGGUCAGAUUGUCUCAGCAGCCUCUUCUGCUUCGAAUACUGAUCUGCAUUUAAAGCGUGAAUUGCCCAUUGGAAAGAGAGACGCAAAAAUGUAGAGGCUAAAGGACUCGAAUUAGUGAGAAAAAUAAUUCAAAGUACCAGCAUUCUAUCUUAUGUCAGGUCCGAUUGUCUCCAUGCUCUUGAUACUUGGGUCCUAUGGUUCGAAAUGUCGAUCGAGGAAUUAACCAUAGUAGCUAGUCGCUUAGACCCUUACCGUCUUAACAGCAAAAGGAACUAGUGAAAUUAAUUCUUUUCAAGUAUCUUUUGGGCUGUUGUGCUAGUAUACAUGGGGAAAUGAAGUUUCAGUUAACCCUAAUUUUUACCUGUGAUCAAGACUUUGCUCUAGGCCUUACAAUCAUGCCAAUAAAAAGUCAUCUCCAUUUUUCAAGGUCGGUGCAAUCUCUCUCACCUUUUCCCUUAUGCAACCACACUUUUUUGCCUGAGCAAAGUUUUUAUUUAUUUAUUAAUGAAGUUUAUUUCAGAAGUGAUAAUUAGUAAGUGCAGUCCUUGGCAUCAUUAUUCGAUUUCAUAGCACUGUUUGAUUGAUCUCAGAGCUUAUGCCUCAACAGGUGCACCCUGUAGGGAGUUAAAAUAGAAGGUAAACAUACUUCUGGCUCAGAUAAUCUAAUGAUCUUUGCACUAAAGAUGCCAAUUCUUACCAAUGGAAUGCCUUUGAUGGCCCUCUCUUCCAGGAAUUUUGAGGGUCUGAAGAAGUUGCCAUAUAAAGCUGACCACUUGCUGAGACUCAUCAAAAUGUACUUAGCUCCGAUUGUGUCAGCCCAGAAAAUUAUACCUCCUCUGAAAAUGUAAGAUAAACAGAGAGUAAGCAAUAUUUUGUAGAGCGUACAGAUCUUUGAGUAACAGAUAGGCAUAAUAGAGUUCUCACAGGUGGGGAGGGAAAU